AUGCUAUUCCAACAUUUUGCAGUUGCGCUGCUCACCGCAGUCACCUCAGCCAGCCCCGUAUCUCCGCGGCAGUCAUCGGGACCCGGCACGACACUGCAGUCGGGAUGGUACUGGGUUCGCGCGGUAGCCUCGCCCAAUUUCCACAAAUACCUCCAGACAAAGCCAGCCAAUGCGCCGGGCACGGCCAUCCUAGAGAGCUACAAGACGGCGGGGCAAUACAAUGUCAAGGAAGGGCAGCUAGUAGCCAACCUAGGCGAAGGGGGCGCGCCGCUAUAUUUACAUGUCGAGAAGCCAGCAGACCUAGCGAACCCGCCGCGAACACUAGCCACCUCGUUUAACACGACCGAGAAUACAUUUGGCACUUUCGUCUUCCAAGGAGACGCCCUUACUUGGAGCGUCCCGGACAUCAACCGUCAGAACCUGGCUGCUUGGCUUGUCUGCAAAGACCAGGCGCUAUUUAUCAAUACCGGCGCCUACGGCUAUCAAACCCCUAGUGGAUGCUCGGAUCAGACUAUACAUUACUAUAACGAUGCGCAUGCGAAUGAGUAA